ACGUUUUUUGUAAAUUAUUUUUGACGUGUAACUUACCGCUUUCGGCUUUCCAUUUAUUUACGAAACUUUAACUAGUUUGAUCUCAAUUUUAUAAUACCUUUUUCGUAAUGGCUAGUGGUCAAUGGGAAGUUGUUGGAAAGAACAAGAAAUCCCAAAAUGGGAAAAUGAAAAAUACUAACGAAGAUAAAAAGUCGAUCAAAAAUGGACCUAAACUCGAAGAUUUAGUUCCAGCAUCGCAGAUUAAAUCAUAUUACGAUGGCAUGGAAAUCGAUGAUACAACAAAAACCAAAGAAAAAAAGAAAGACGGGGAAAAAAAAUCUAAAAAACAAGAAAAGAAAGAACCGUCAAAACCAAAACCUCCAAAAACAAUAGCAGAGGCUUUAGAAGCGAUUGAUGCCACAGAACUAGCCAAUAUAAUUGCCACAAAUAAAGUUAGGUUCUCAAAUGCUCCUUUGGUUUGGUUGAAAGAAUUAGCUAAUUUCUUAAAUUCAAAAAUUCCUAUAGAUGUUGAUGAUCCCACAUUUUCUAAUUACCCUCCAAAUUACCCAGUCAGUGUGUUGCCAAUUGACAUAAGAGCUAGUCUAGAUAAUGUACUUCGAGAUGCUGGAAAAGCAAAUACUCAACUUUUCUUUGAUGUUACUCUUACAGCUCUUGCAAAUGACAUGAGCAGAGGUCAGUCUGUUAAUGGGCAUAGAUUACUUCUACAGAUGUUAGCUCUAGAAAAUUCCGAUUUCUGUAUCACCUCCUUACCAAAGAGUGUGAGUCUCAGAAACUCAUACCAAAACCGCCCACCCAUUGGUUUAUCACUCUUAUGGGCUUUAGGCCAAGGCGGACAUAAUAACUUUGCAGAUGGAAUGAAAGUUUGGCAAGAAAUAUUCCUCCCUAUAAUUGAGUUGAAGAACUACACCAAGUACAUAAUUGCAUACCUCUCCAACCACCUAGAUAGGCACGCUAGGAUGGAUGAUACCAGGGUUAGUCAGGAACAGUUACUGGCAAUGUUUGAUACAAUUAACAGUAAGAGGAAUGGACUGUCCAAGGAGCUGUCAAGUGACCUUAUCAAGCAAUUAGUUAAAUAUAAGGAUAUUUACUUCAGUAAGAGUGGUAAUAAACUUCAAGUGACCUUCAAUCAGUUUAUGAAGAAACUACCCAAUCAAUACCUCAGCGGAACCAAUUUGGAUCCUUACAACAAAGUGAUAGUCGAGACCCUGGUUAACUGCUUAGCUAUGGAUGACUCAUGCAAUGCCACAUGGCGACAAUUGUUUAGUAGAUGCAGCAAGCAAAGUGCCACUCUGAUUGAAUAUAUUGACACAAAUUGGGCAGAAGUCAGUCGAAAGCUAAAGCAUAAGUCACUUAAAAUAACAAUUACUCAAUACAAGGAGGUUUGUGGUGAAUUUUUGAAGGGGAAGAAAAAGGAUGAGACUGUUGUUAAGGCUAACAGAAUAUGUCAGGAUAUCUUAGACAGGAUGACAAGUACAAGAAGAUUUCCUUGGAUGUGGGCAAUUUUGUUCCUGUUAGUGGGUAUAACUGGGCUUAUUUCUUAUGAUGUCUCCCGAGUUAAUGGAAACUUUCCGAAAAGCACAACUGGUCAACUUUUGAAUGAUCUAGGAUUGUUAGAACACAGUCAAAAAGCAUGGCAGAAGACUCUUUCUUCAUCUGCUCGUGGAUACAUCUGGCUUGAGACAAAUGUACCAAUUUACUAUACACAGGCAGUUGAAUUCUCAAAACCCUACUCUCAACUCUCUAAGGACCUCUUCGCCAUUGGUGUGAAGAAAACAGGAAUCCUUUAUGGGAAUAUGAAAGAAUAUGUUAUAGAGAAGACACCAGUGAUUGUAGCUACUAUAGACCAAUACAUCCCUGGUGCAGUUGAAACAAUUCAAACAUAUUUUGUGAGCGGUUUGGACACAAUAAAAAAAUAUUCUAAUGAAUAUUACCAAGUUGUUGCUGAAUACUUGGCAACGAAAGUUUUUGUAGGCAACUGGGCACCAGAGAUCUUGCAAGUUAAAACCCAACUAGCACUUAAUGCUACCAGGUCUCAUGUGAACGACUAUUUCCACUGGUUCCGUGAACAGGUACAUACAUAUUCGAAGAUUCCCUGAAGAUAUAUGUGGGAAUUAUGAACAGUGAGUUAGUGUUAUUGUGUCAACCAUGUUUUACAAGGUCAUAGUGAUUUUUCUACUAUGAAUGUUUGAAAGUUGAGUGUGGUUACUGUUUGCUAAUCAUAAUAAUAUUCAUAUAUUUUUUACAGAAAAUUCAAUGAUCGCCUCCUUUGAGUAGUUUUAAGAUAUGUCAUGAAAAUAUCACAUAAUUGUUUUAGUAAUCGAUAGAAAACUAGCCAUCACCAUAGAUUUGUAAAGUAAUAUUUACUGUUGUAGGUUGACACAAUUUUACUAAUUAAAUUAGCAGUUUGGACAUUGUUAUGCUUACUGUAAUGUGGUGCUACUCAUAAAGCAGUAAUGUCUUUUAUCUCUUUCUAUAAGAUUUAACAUUUAGCAAUACUAGAUAACUUACAUCUAAGGUCAUCAAUUAAUAAAUCGGCACCACAUUAUAGAGUAUGAGCAAUUAUUUUAUUACCUUAUAAUCCAUUUAAAUGAGUUAUCAAGCACAAAUUUAAUUGUUAAUUGUUACAUCAACAACGAAAUUAUGAGUAGUAUUUUAAAGAAAUGAAUUGAAUUACAUAAACAAAUUGAGGUUUUUUAUAUAUUUUACUUA